CUGCUUUGAGGCCGGCAAAACCUGUUCGACCGCAUGGGUGUCUCUCUGCCUCCGCGGCGCUCGAGCCGGUUCGUCCGCACCUUCUCGACAGCCAGAUGAGAUCCGGCGAUCGCCCGCCACGCGCCAGCCGAGCUCCUGGACGUCGGGAGGAGGGACGACGCGCCAGAAGUGAAUCACGCACGUCCACGACAAACACCGCGGGGAGAGCGGAGGAGAAAGCUGGGCCCGUCUGACCUGCUGUCGUGGAGCAGAUUUUUUUUUUUUUUCACAUUUUAGCCUUCAGUCGCUGCCUUGGAGGCAAAGAUGUUGACCUCUGGGCAGCUACUGAAAUGACCCCAUUGUGAGGAGGAGCUGCCAUCAACCCAUCUGACGCACGACAAAAGCCAAAGGCCCCCCGGCUGGACGCUGCUUUUUCUGUCCUGGCUGGGGUCACAAGUCGAAAAGGCCGCAAGCCACCGGUUUCAUCUUCCGGUUCAUCUUCGUCUUCCGGUUUCUUGCAGCCACAGGCGUGUCGUACGCCUUUUGAACGUAAAAUCCGGAAGGUUACCAGCAAAUGUGGUGAAGUACAGGACCCCGAGCUGUGGCGGAGCAGAAGGAGAAAGUAGCAGAGAUGGAAAAUCACCAACCCCCCCCCCCAAAAAAAAAAAAAAAAAGUAAAUCACAAGUACGUCAAAACUGUACAGUACUUGGGCAAAUGAACAGAGUUACUCUCCACCACUGAGGUCAGCUUAUGAAACUCACUACCCUUGAAUUAACUCCGCCAUGACCGGCCGCAGCAUCAAAGCGCCGCUCGGUGCGUGCAUCAGUAACAAGGCGCUACAGCAGUUACGCAGUGGCCCACAGGUUAUGGCACUUGGAAAGGGGUCACUCUGGACGAUGAGCACGUUGGGGGGCUACUUCCGACACACUUCGCCUACAAUACCUCGAAUGCAGGGCUUUAAUUCUAACACUGUAUUUUUACAGUGUGUUAUUAGUACUUGUGAGUUGUUUUUCCACCCUUGCCCGAAGACACACCUCCCUUAACCUUCUGGACUACCGAGGCAAAUAUGGUCGGGUGGACGAAACCAGAGAAGACCCCCCCCCCCAAACCCCCACCUGAUCCUCUCCUUACGCAAAUGAACCUUUACACGUUAUGUGACUGACUGGAGAGGGGCUGAACACUAGAAACUUUAGACCAGAGAGUCCCCCUCAGCAGGAAGGGGUCUCCCGUGGACAUUAUCGACCACUAUGGCCUCCACUCCCUCCGCCUCCGCCCUCUCUGCUGUUCUCCGGUGUCGGGGGAGUAUCUGGGCCAGGAAUCCGCCGACCAAGCGGCCUGCCGCCUCGGCGUGCAGCCUCGGACUGGCCCCGCCGGCUGAGCCCAACCGGUCGAAGCAGGCGUCAGCGUGGGACGCUUUUCUCGACGGUGAGCGUGUUGUGGUGGCAGGGGGGCUGACUGUGGCGUAUAGGUCGCCCCAGCUGGACGGUAAAAUGUUGAGAAAAGAGGAUUUCAGGGAAAGCAAGAAACCGCAUCACGCAAAGCCUUCGCAUUCCCCGGGGGACGCGCACUCAGCGCUGGUGCCUGAGCCGGCGCACAGACUGGCAUCUGACCUGCCCGGAACAGAUAAAUGCUCCAACAUAAUCCAGAUGAUCAAGCACGAAACGUAUGCUGCACUCAUCCGUGAGAAAGUGUUGCUGAAGGAAAUCGGCGUUUUGAACGUGUCCAUAACGCCCCCGUGUUUUAUGGAAAGUGCAGAACAUUUCCCGUCUUUCCUCUCGGAUGGCUGGUCAGCGCUGAAGAGCAACUUCUUGUCUUUGACUGCUCUGGUGUCAGAAUUUAUGGUUUUGAGGCUGGCGGUGCUGUGGGGGGUCCGGCGGAGGCCCCGAUGAUGCUCCGCAGCGUCUGCCGUGCCAGCAGGAGGAGAAAAUCCAACCAAAAGAGAUGCCCUGCAGGUGAUUGGUAUGAGUCUUCGCCGGAUGAUUUUAAAAACACAAGCACAUACUGUCAUUUACACUAUCUCAGUUACUGUACCACAGAAUACAGGAGGUCGUUUCCCCUUCUAAGCGAAUGGACGUGUCCACUGUCCCACUGCCCCCGCCUCCUCCAAGGACACCUCCGGCCGUGGACAGAAGAUCACAGAGGACAGACCUGACCGGGAGAGAGACAGAGACCUCAGCGACAAAACUACACGCUGUGAUCUAACCUUAUUUAAUGAUUUUUACUUGACUUUCACCACAUCUGGACUUCAACACAGGGAUAGAAGAAAACAACUGGUUGUUUUUUUUUUUAAGGGUAUUGUUUUGCUUGUUUUGCUUUAGUAUAUAAGGAAAGGUAAGCAACUCUGUAACAAGUCAACUGUUGUCCUACAUUUUACUGAGGCCUCCUGGUGGGAAGUUCAAAUAAUGGCAGUACAUUAGUUUUUAUUUUAUUUUAUUUUAUUUUUAGUUUACCCUGUAUGUUUUGCACAAAAGCUUAUUUUGCAGACAUUGCGGAAUAAAAUUUCCCUUUGGAAGCGUGCAAGGUCUCACAAAAUGGAAAUAUUCAAAUCGAGUCUGAGUAAAAACUGCCUGCUCUAAAUGUGGUGGAAAAAUAUCUGAACUACCUGAAACUGAAAAACAGAAAAAAACAAAUACUGGGUGCAGGUAUCGGGUCACUUAUGUAAAUGUACCUGUUUUUCCGGAUGUGCUCUUAGUAUGAAAGUUGUGAUUGCUAUCACUGAAAUACAGUGGCUGGAGAAGUAAUUAAGGUAUUUGACUUUGGUAAAAGUAACCGUGCAACAACCUAAAAGUACCCCCUGCAUUCAAAAACUUCAAAAGUGAGUGAACAGAAGUGUUGUCAGCAAAAUGUCCAUAAAGGAUCACAAGUAAAAGCUCUCAUACACUAUCAUACUGUAUGGGCAAUAUGCAGUGGUGGAAGGUUAAUACACACAUUUACUCAAGUGCUGCACUGAAGUGCAGUGCUGAGCUACUUGUGUUUCACUUCAGUGAUCCCGUUUUACGCCACUUCAUACUUCUGCUUCACUA